UCGCUCCCGCAGAGCUACUUCCGGCGCGGCGUGUCUUGGUGAGAGCAGGGACCCGGAGCUCCUACCCUCCUCCUGCGGAGUCCCCUUCUCCGAGGGACAGGUGGUCUCCCAAUCCCCAGUAAACAGAACUGGCCGCCGUUUGAAGAGCGGGACCAUGGAAAGCAAACCGUUGGUGGUAUCGAAACAGAAGACAGAAGUGGUGUGUGGGGUCCCCACGCAGGUGGUCUGCACAGCUUUCAGCAGCCACAUCUUGGUGGUAGUGACCCAGUUCGGGAAGAUGGGUACCCUGGUCUCCCUGGAGCCCAGCAACGUGGCCAGCGACAUCAGCAAGCCAGUGCUCACCACAAAAGUCCUUCUCGGGCAAGAUGAGCCUCUCGUCCAUGUCUUUGCAAAGAACUUGGUAGCGUUUGUGUCUCAAGAAGCCGGAAACAGAGCAGUCCUCCUCGCCAUGGCAGUGAAGGACAAGAGCAUGGAGGGGCUGAAGGCCUUGAAGGAGGUGAUCCGGGUGUGCCAGGUUUGGUAACCUGGAGUCAGCAGCACACACUACUCAGCAGAACUGGCUGGACACUCAGUCCCUUUGCAGGGUCUCGUAGACCAGUCCUUAGGCACAGUCACAAGGAAGAUUUCUCUUGACUAUAGCCACAAAAAACAUUCAUGCUUCAGGCAGACCCUCACUAUUGGUUACUGUAUCACAGUGGGUGGCAGAAGCAGCAAGGGCAUUGGGAGUGGUUCUCACUGGACUCUGAUCCUUGCAUCUACUUGGGAAUGGGCAGCAUGAAUCAGCUGGCAUGACUUGUGGCACCCUUUGGCAGUGUCACUUGUAGGGCGAAGGUUUUUUACUUAAAGUGAAUAUCCCAUGAUA